AUGCCGGGCUCUGACGAGUUAGAUCUGGCGGCGUCGAGCGAAGAUAGCAGCAGCUACGCAGACUUAAGUAUGGCUGUUCCAGCACUCGAGGAGUCCAAGAAGCUGUCCAAUCCCCUGGGUGGGCUUGAGCCGGACGAACUGGUCGUUCGUGCCACAGAGUACUGCGAGUUACACGGUAUAACCGAGGAGGAGGAUAUUCGCGCGUUCCAAAUCGGUGCCCAGCUCGCCGGCAACAUUGAAGAGUGGAAUGCCAUCCACGGCAUUUCUGAGGAGGAGAAGGCGGUCCUGCAGGAAGAAGUGGAACAUAAGUGGAAGAAUCCGAGAAUGCUUUAUCUCAUCGUCGCUAUAUGCUCCCUUUGCGCCACUGUCCAGGGAAUGGAUGAGACAGUGGUAAACGGCGCCCAGGCUUUUUAUAAGCAUCAAUUUGGCAUAGGCGGGGAUAGCGCCCGUGAUACCUGGCUGCUUGGCCUUGUGAAUGGUGCCCCUUACCUUUGCUGCGCCGUGUUUGGGUGCUGGUUGACCCACCCCAUGAACCAGCGCCUCGGCAGACGAGGGACAAUUUUCGUGUGUGAGAUUGUCUCCAUCAUCGCUUGUAUUUGGCAAGCCGUUACCAACAACUGGUGGCACCUAUUCAUCGCUCGAUGCGCCCUUGGAUUCGGCCUCGGACCCAAGUCCGCCACAACUCCCAUGUUCGCGGCCGAAUGUGCUCCUCCCCGACUUCGAGGCGCCCUUGUUAUGCAAUGGCAAAUGUGGACAGCCUUUGGAAUCAUGCUCGGCUAUGCGGCGGAUCUUGCCCUAUACGAAGUCCCGGACGUCGGCAACAUCGUAGGCUUGCGAUGGCGGCUCAUGUUGGCCUCGGCUGCUCUGCCCGCCAUUCUCUGUGCAGGCUUGGUCUGGACCAUCCCUGAGUCCCCUCGAUGGUACCUUAAUAAGGAAAAGCCCAUCCAGGCCUACCAAAGCAUGUGUCGUCUUCGCUUCAUCAAAAUCCAGGCUGCCAGAGACAUUUUCUACGCCGACGCCCUUUUGAACGCAGAGAAGAGCGUGAGCCGCAAAGCCGGGAUGAAAGAACUACUAACUGUCCGGCGAAACCGCAACGCGUUCGUGGCUUCCGAAAUCGUCAUGUUCAUGCAACAAUUCUGUGGAAUCAAUGUUGUCGCGUAUUAUUCUACCGAGAUCUUUCUUGCCGCAAACUUCAAGGAAAGGGCUGCCCUGUUUGCCUCGUUCGGGUUUGGCGUGAUCAACUUUGUCUUUGCCCUGCCAGCGUUUUGGACAAUCGAUACGUUCGGGCGCCGUAACCUUCUUCUAGCGACCUUCCCAGGUCCGGUUCCCUUUACCUACUCCGCCGAAGCCUACCCCCUCUAUAUCCGCCCUAUCGGCAUGUCGUGCGCUACAGCCACCACGUGGUUCUUCAACUUUCUCCUCGCCGUCACCUGGCCUAGCCUCCAGAGCACCUUCACCUCUACCGGCGCUUUCAGUUGGUAUGCUGGCUGGAAUAUCAUAGGGUUUGUACUCGUCCUCCUCUUCCUACCCGAGACCAAAGGCCAUACCCUCGAGGAGCUUGACGCCGUCUUCGACGUUCCCGUGUCCAGCCUCAUCAGAUACGGUAAGGAGGAGUUUAUUUGGUUCUGGAAAAGCAAGAUUUUCCGCCAGGACGUGCCGAAGCCUGUUCCGCCGCAUAGUUCCGCAUUAGGGGAUAGGAUAACACCGCUAGUCGUGGUGCCAGCGGUGAGCGAAGCGUGA